UUCCAGGCAGUGUUGUAAGGAAGUGUCACCACAUCAGAGAUGAGUAGCUGCAAGAAGCUGCAGUUGAAGGCUCCGCCUGCAGUGGCUGGGCUCAUCGCAAAGCCAGCUUCGAACGACAGGAAGCCUCUGUACAGCUGCAACUGGUACGUGUAGCAGUUGGGCCAGCAGCUGAGCAGCUGGGCUGAAGCUCGAGCCGCGUGCAAGCACGUACAGUGCUGCCGGAUACACACGAAAAGAUGUCCUAAUAUGGGUCAGCCUUGGCUCCUGGUAAGAGUGGCUGCUCUGCUGUUUAUCGUCACCGUUAGGUAUACCAUUGCCAUUUCCGAUAUAUUCGAAGAGGGCAAAUCUGACAAAGAAAUCUUGGACCAGCUCCUCUUAGCCACACGUUAUGACAAAAGACUGCUACCUCCCGUUAGAGAUGCGGACUUUUGUUGUGGGCUGCAGUCGCCUGAGGACGGUAACGGUAACGGUAACAGCACCGGUUACCGAAGGCAACCAGCUCCUCCUUCUCACAACGGCAUCAACGGCAAACAACGGGAAUCAUUGACUGUGAACGUGAGCGUACUGUUACUCAGCCUCGCAUCACCUGACGAAUCCAGUCUGAAAUACGAAGUGGAGUUUCUGUUGCAACAACAAUGGUAUGAUCCGCGUCUGAGGUACUCUAACCAGAGCCAGUACCCCUACUUAAACGCGAUCCACCACCACAGCGACAUCUGGCUGCCAGACACUUAUUUCAUCAUGCACGGAGACUUUAAGGAUCCUCUGAUUCCCGUUCACUUUUCUCUGAAGAUAUAUAGGAAUGGAAGUGUAACUUAUCUCAUGAGGAGGCAUCUUAUACUAUCCUGUCAGGGAAGUCUGAAUAUUUUUCCGUUUGAUGAUCCCAAGUGCACUUUUUCCAUGGAAAGCAUAUCGUAUGAGAUGACGUCGAUGCGAUAUGUAUGGAAAAAUGAUGAAGAUGUGCUCAGGAAAUCACCUAGUCUUACAACGCUCAAUGCCUACUUGAUCGCAAAUGCCACGUUGCAGUGUCCUACUAAGUCUAUCUGGAGAGGCAAUUAUAGCUGCUUGAGGGUGGAACUGAUGUUCACCAGGGACCGAGCCUUUUACUUCACGACAGUAUUCAUCCCCGGUAUAAUAUUAGUAACGUCAUCAUUUAUCACGUUUUGGUUAGAAUGGAACGCAGUACCUGCGAGGGUUAUGAUAGGUGUAACAACAAUGCUGAAUUUCUUCACGACAUCAAACGGUUUCCGGUCCACGCUUCCUGUAGUGUCCAACCUGACAGCGAUGAACGUCUGGGACGGCGUCUGCAUGUGCUUCAUCUAUGCUAGUCUGCUGGAGUUCGUGUGCGUCAAUUACGUGGGAAGAAAAAGGCCACUGCACAAUGUUGUCUAUAGGCCGGGAGAGAAUCCUGUCACACAGUUCUCGGUGUUGCAGCGAUUGCCCGCUGUUCUGAGCAGGAUAGGUAUUAUUCUCGCCAGUCCGUUGGUAAGGCAGAAGAGUUUACCUUGGAAUAGAGGCACUACGGGGGACAAAAAACGAGAUUCAACAGUUCCAAACGAGAUCGUAUCGUGUACAAACUGUGGACCUAAUCCUUGUACGCAUACAACUAAUAAUGGCUGCGCAGCUGAGGCAUGCGUGUUGCAGGUGCGCAAGAAAGAGCCCCCGCAUCCCAUUCGAGUAGCGAAGACCAUUGACGUGAUAGCGCGGAUCACAUUUCCAACUGCAUACGCUGUGUUCUUGGUUUUCUUCUUCUACCACUACAAGAGCUUCACGAACGGCUCACAUGAUAAAGACGAUGACGAAGGGAAUGAUUAGGGAUGAUGUUUGGCUGGCAGAAGAGCAGGGACCAUUACAAUUAUUCUGACAGAUAUAUCUUAUGUAAAGAAGUUCGUCAAUUUUGUACAAGCUAUCUCACAAAUUUGUAUAUGUGUAGAUAUGAGUCUCAUUUCUCUUUAAUAGCAAACAUACGAUACUCGUAUAAAUAUUGUUUGUUACUGUUAGUUUAUUAAUGUGAGGUAUCUUGUAAAAUGUUUCCUGUAUGCCAGCUUAACAGUAAUUGUUCUCCUUAGAUCUAUUUAAUAUAUAUAUAUAUUCCAAUCAACUCCAAAGUUGACAAACAUAGUUCAGGUGAACUUAAUUGGAACCAAACAAAAUUAAACAAAUGUUCCUAUGAAAUCACAGAUACUGAUCUCAUCCAAAUCCGACUGUAACUCGAGUUCAACCCUAUUUUGUCUUGUUUUGGGAUUAUGAAAAAGUCACUAACGGUGGUUUGCAUCGCUAUGGGUUAAAGGCGUAGGUUACUUAACUCGAAGGUACGGGUAACUCUAGGUUUGCACCAACUGCGUUUUGUGUUAUGUUAUUCUCUUCUAUGAUCGGUUGUAAGUUGUAUUAUAUUUGGAAUUAUGUUUGGAAUAUCAGUUUUUUUAAAAUAUUGUUCACUGUGUUUAUCAACAAGGCUCAUCGUAAACCCUAUUUCACGAGUAUCCAUUACGAUUUGACGCCUACUGAGGUGAACAGCUGAUCAGCAAGUGGCAUUUGAGUGUUAGUCAGCAACGUUGGCAAUAAUGAAUCGAGUGUGAAUAAAGUAAAAACGUAUAGCGUUUUGUUUUUUUUGUAUGACAAUGUACUUUUCUAAAUCAGCUGUUAGCAAGUAUGAAAUGAAUCUGUAGCAUACAAAAAAUCAAAACAAAAUUCGGCUAUGAGUACCUGGCGUUAACGGAUCCGUCAGAAUUAUGUGUCCUGUGCUGAUAUGGGGAAUUUUGAAAUAUUACUAGAUAAUCAGCUGUCAUUCUACCAUGGUGGAUACUCGUGAAAUAGGGUAUACGUCACACAGAAUUGUCUACAAAGGUCUAGAAAACACCCUGGUAAUUUGGUAGCCUAUUUUUAAAUAUUGGACCUAAUCAUGAACGAAGAACGAUUAGGAUGACCUGAUUCUUCUGGAAUUGUUGAAGUUUGGUAUAUCCAAACGAAUUGACGAACGAGAAGAGUAUUCCCAGACAAUGGAUAGAUCCACGGGUACCGAAAAAAUACAGAUAUUGCCAUAUUCGGUGGAGGCACCACUCUGCUCCUCUCUCAUUGUUUUCAGUGUUCAUUCAAGUUCUAAAAUAUAUUACAUUAUUCAUUCAAAAGCCAUACAAAAUCAAACCUUUUAGCACUCGCGCAUACUGGCCAAACAUGCGCACCAGAAGACAAAGCAUCCAGUAGUCAACUCGUUAAGAUUCUACAAUCAACGUUGGUCUUUCAAAAAUCCACCAAAAAUCUUAAUUAAACCCAUUAAUUCGAUACAGAACUCAUCUAAUCGCUAAGACAAGUGUAGUGACCUAAGGACAAGCUGCGAACAGAGAGGAACACCAAGGUAGAUGCCAAUCCUAAAGUGUCCUUGUGUGGCUCGGGUGUCGAUUUCUGGAUUACUUUUAAUUAUAUCUGAACCAGAACGCGCGAACAGUCUCGCGGCUUUCCACAAUUCAAAACUCUUCUUUGCAGGAACACUCAGUAAUGCUUUUAUAUUUCUCAAUAAUACUCAGCAAAC